CGUGUUCGCUGUUCAAACUGGAGUCACUCCCACCAGAAGAUGUUCCUCUCAAGCUGAAGUGCGCACUGUAGCUGCUGUUCACAUCCACAGCUUUACUGAAAGGCAUCACCUCAGUGAUUCUGCCAAGGACGCAGCCUUUGAAUGGAGACAUUUGAAAACAGCCUUUGUUUGUAAGGCCACUUUGAAUGUUCUCGUGCUCUCUCUCUCUCUCCAUCUCUCUCUCCCACCCUCGCGCUCUUUAUCUCUCUCUCCCCAUGGAUGAAUAAAAAGUUGAGUCUUGUGCGUAAAGGAGCGAGUCUGAAUCAUGCAUUGCGCAGAAUCUCUGCUCACUUACGAUUAAUUUACAGGAGAGAGGAGCAUCUUCAUCCCAAAGGAUGCGCGUUGCGCGCUGAUACCUAUUGAAUGAUUUGGAGAGGGGGUGCCAAACUUGCGUAAAAAGCCGUACUGUGCACAAGUAGGCUUCUUUUAUGUGAUUUACACGAUGUCAGCUUUAAGGAGGAAAUUUGGAGAGGACUACCAGGUGGUGAACACAAACCAGGGUAUCACUUUUUCCGCCCAGGUGAAGAGAAAGAGACAGCGGUUUGUGGAGAAGAACGGCCGCUGCAACGUCCAGCACGGUAACCUUGGCGGAGAGACCAGCCGAUACAUCUCCGAUCUCUUCACCACAUUAGUAGAUCUCAAGUGGCGCUGGAACCUACUCAUCUUCAUCCUCACUUACACAGUCGCAUGGCUGGUGAUGGCUUCUAUGUGGUGGGUGAUCGCCUAUAUUCGCGGAGACCUGAGCCACGGCGGCCACGACUCGUCCUACACCCCAUGCGUCGCCAACGUGUACAACUUUCCCUCCGCGUUCCUGUUCUUCAUCGAGACGGAGGCGACCAUCGGCUACGGCUACCGCUACAUCACCGAGAAGUGCCCCGAGGGUAUCAUCCUCUUCCUCUUCCAGUCGUUACUGGGCUCCAUCGUGGACGCCUUCCUCAUCGGCUGCAUGUUCAUCAAGAUGUCGCAGCCGAAGAAGCGCGCGGAGACGCUGAUGUUCAGCCAGGACGCAGUGAUUUCGCAGCGGGACGGGAAGUUGUGCCUGAUGUUCCGCGUGGGGAACCUGCGGAACAGCCACAUGGUGUCCGCUCAGAUCAGGUGCAAACUCAUAAAGUCUCGGCAGACCCCAGAAGGUGAGUUCCUGCCCCUGGACCAGUGUGAGCUGGACGUGGGUUUUGGGACGGGGGCGGACCAGCUCUUCUUGGUGUCGCCUCUGACCAUCUGCCACGAGAUCAACACCAAGAGCCCGUUCUUCGAUCUGUCGCAGCGCUCGCUCAUGAACGAAGAGUUUGAGAUCGUCGUCAUUCUGGAGGGAAUCGUUGAGACCACUGGAAUGACAUGCCAGGCGAGGACAUCUUACACAGAAGAUGAAGUCUUGUGGGGCCAUCGUUUCCUCCCCGUUAUGUCACUAGAGGAGGGCUUCUUCAGAGUGGACUACUCCCAGUUCCACAACACAUUUGAGGUCAAUACACCUCCAUACAGCGUCAAAGAGCAAGAAGAGAAGUCCUCUCUGACGUCACCAAACCCUCUGCCUGUUGCACCCACCCCCAACUCCCCUCUGUUAGGUAACGGUGGCCGUGGAGGCCGUAGAGAAAGGCUCCUGUCCGCUGACUGUGCAGACCAUGCAGAGGACCAAGCCACCAGGCUGCCCAGCAAACUCCAACGUAUGAGCUCCACCAAGGAGGAGCUCCUCUGGAGGGGGCUGAAGGCUGGGACACCCUUGCCUGGGGGGAAAGCCUCCAGCACAGGAGACCUUCCGCUUAGUAUUCAGAGGCUGAGGUCCAGCUCAAUCCCGGUCGUGAGACAAGGACAGCCAGAGGAGCAGGUCCAACUGUUGUCCUUGGAUGGAGAAGCAGAAGAGGGAGAGUUGGAGAAACACAGACUGCCAGCAGCAGUUAGCUCCAUUGUUGCUCCUGCCCCAACUCCAGUCCAGAACCCCUUGUAUGGGGGUCGGCCAGAGGACAACCUUCCAGCCAAACUGCGCAGAAUGAACGCUGACCGCUGACUAAAGCUGACUACCUUUAAGACUAAAAACGUCAAAAGAACUGAAUCAGGCUUAAUGGGCAUUGCAUAUAAAAUGAAAACUACUGUGAUAUAAGUUUAUUUUUUCCUGCAGAUUUUGACCACUAUUUUACCUUUACUUACGGGCUCUCUACUAUGUUGUCUAUAGCCACAAAUAGAAGGACAACGCCAAUAAGCCAUCCAUCCGCUCAUACUGUGAGUCAUUUUUGAUAGAUCACCAUCUGUGCCCCCCACUGACUUCUCACACCUCUGCCCUUGCUUGUUUCUGUCACUUCUGUUCAAAGAGUUGCAUCAAAGACUUUUGAAACCCAAACCAACCCUCAUUUUUUAACUAAUAAAGCACCAAAGUGGCCGUCAUAAA